GCGUGAAAAGUCACGAGUGAGGAGUCGAGUCCUGACGUCGUGAAUGUUUUUGCGUUUUUCGGACUAGCUCCUACAACCGGCUGUGACAUGGAGGUCAGCGCUGAGGCCAAGAGGAUUAUGGUGGUGGCUCUGGGGAAACUGUACGGCUCGCGCACACAGCGAGGCGGUCUCCGUCUCCACCGGAGCCUCCUGCUGACCCUGGUGAUGAAAUCAGCCCGGGACAUUUACCACGCUGCCCAGACCACGGUCGAAAACGUGGCGGCUGGGUUGGAGCAACAACACUCUGCGGCUGAGACCGACACCGAGGAGCCGAGAGACGUUCAACAACUCCGGGCUCCCUUCGCCUCUCUUCCGGCGGGGCAGGCCGGGACUUCGCCCCACCUGCCCGGCGAGGCUGCCACUCAAGGCGGCGAGGACAACAAGGAGAAUACGUGUCACUCGGGCUCGACGCAGCAGCACACACGGAAACGGCGGGGCAAGGCGACAGCCGAGCCGGACUUUCUACCGUGUAAGAAAGCCAAACUCGAGUAUAAUAACUGCUCCCAGCAGCUGCUUGUUACUUCCGUUUUGGACUAUGUGAACUGUAGCAGCGAAUUGGGAACUUCCCCCAUCCCCCUACAGACCGCCAUAGCAGCUUGUUGAAACCCAUCGGAGACUUCCCGAAGGGACACUUGAACGCCUCAUGCGGUGCUCCUGUUCUGUUAGGCCCAGGAGUCCCACCUGGAUUUGUUCUCGGCAACGGUUCAGUCACGGUGACUUCAGCUGGAUGAAGCAGGAUUUACGAGGCCCUGCACUGCCUUCCAUGGACAUUUUUACUCGUGUAUAUAAGCUGUAGGGUUGCUUCAGUCAACAAAUGCAACUUGUGUUGAUGGUGAUUUUAAAUGUAAAGCGUUUAGUGAUACAAC